UUUUGUUUGACGAUAUCAAAAAAGUUUCAUGGUUUAAAGUUGUAUCUUGUUAUCGCAGGAUGAUUAAAAAAUACGUGCUUUGUAUCAUUGGAUCAAUUCUUCUGAGCAUCACCUAUUUAGCCACUGUCAAAACUCAGCGUGAAUCAUCAUUGUGGUGGUCAAAUCUAUCCGUAAUGGAGAAAGAAAUAUCUUUCCGCACGGAACAAGGUCUCUACUAUUCAUACUUUAAGGAAGCUGUGUCUCUCGAUAAUAUUUUUGAUGCUUUUGAGGCGUUACUGCAUGAUAACCAUACAGAGUCACCCAAAAAGCUGAACAUUUUUAAACGCAUGAAUGUCCUCCCAGAAAUAAUUUUGAGUAUAGCAUAUCAGAAAUGGUUCCACUAUGUAAAGCCAAUAGAUUUUUACGAAAUGAGUACAAUUAUUUUACAGUUUUGGACUCCAUUUAGUCUUUUAUUUAUCAUGCAGUCUAUGAACAAUUCAUUACUGGAAACUUUAAUAUUCUCAGCCACUUUUCUAUUGAAUAAUCAUGCGAUAUCCAGAGUAGUGUUGCAUUACCUCUGAGAGAAAACUUUGGUAUGCCAUUCUGGUGGUUACACAUGUAUGGGAUAAAUUUAAUUCUACAGCAUAUUGAUACAGUCUUCAUUCAGACUUCUCAGAAAAUAUUACUAUGGUUUGGAAUAGCAAUAUUCUGGUUGACUACUUGUCUAUUCUGUAUGUUCUGGCAAUUUAGUCAAUUCAUUCUUUUAAUUGAAGCAGUCUGUAUGAAUAUAUUACAUUACCUAGAAUUCAUAAAUGAUAAACAAUGUCUUAUUAUUUCAUACUGUAAUUUAAUGAGUCUUGGAUUAACGUGUCUCAUUCAAGCUGGAUCAUUGUUCCCUGUCACUUCACCAUGUUCAGCUAUAUUAUUAUCGAAUAUGAUUUUUAAUGGAUUGAAAUAUUUCCACGGGAAGGAUAUUAAUAAUCACCAAGUUCAGGACAGAAGAUGGUUGAAUAUUAGAUCAUGCAUACGGUGUACUGAAACUUUAUGGGGUCAAGUUGGAUUUGUAGUAAUCUUAUAUGGAUUAUUCACAGUUUUAAACCCAAAUGAAGAUGCAUCACAUAUUCUGCAGUUUAUUUUACACAAGUUCCAUCUAUCCGAUAAAUGGGAUUUCGAUACAGCGCUUUACUUAUGCAGUCAAUCUUUCCAACAUAUGGAUCUAGAACAAUAUAUGAUGGAAAUCAUUGGUUCAAAAUGGAUUCUUCCUUCUUAUGCAUUUGGAUUAGUCGUAUUAAUUAAAGAAAUGUUAUCUCACUAUAUCGGACAUAAAAGGAUUGCCAACAAUCGCUUUAUUCGAUUAUACAAAAAGUUGUCCACAGAAAUAACUCAAAAAUCAUAUACAAAUUUGCAUGAAUUUAGAAAGAAAAAUGAAAUUCAUUCACUUUCACGAAUUCAAGCCUGGCAUUUAGCUUAUAGUUUCAGCUUUGGAUUUCUUGCAUGGAGUACAGUCCGUAUGAAAUACCUAUGGACUCCACAUAUGUUAAUGUUAGCUGUUUUUGGUGUUAAACAAUUCCUGUUUAUUAGUUUGAAUAUACUUUUUCAUUUCUCCCGUGUAAUAUGCAAAUUUAUCAUGGGUAAAAGCUCAAAACUAAUAAACAGAUCAGAAAAAAAUUGUCAUCAACAAACAAGCAUAGAUUAUGACAGAUAUGAUGAUAAUGAGACAAAAAUCAAUAUUAUUGGGACUGCUAUUCUCAUACUAAUUGCUGUCAUGACGUCAUAUCAGGCUGUACACCAAAUUACAUAUCAAUUAAAUCAAUUGGGAGAGUUUUAUGAUCCAGAUACAGUUGAAUUAAUGGAAUGGAUAAAGAAUAAUGUGAACAAAGAGAGUAUAUUCACAGGUAGUAUGCAAUUGAUGGCUGGUGUAAAAUGUUGUACAUCACGACCAAUUGCUAAUCAUCCACACUAUGAAAAUGCUGAAUUACGCAGACGAACAAAACAGUUGUAUCAAAUUUAUGGAAGAAAAUCUACUGAUGACGUCUAUAGUAUAUUACGUAAUUACUCAAUCAAUUAUUUCAUCAUUGAAACGUCAAUAUGCUUUGCUAAGAGUACAGGAUGUCAUGAAACAGAUUUAAUUGAUUUAGAAAAUAAAGAGAGAUACAUCCAAAGAGAUUAUGAAUUCAAAAAUCAAUUGACUUAA